UCCUUUUGUCGGAUUCGUUUCGACCUGACUCCCCGGGGUUUACGGCUGAAAAAAACACACUUUCAAAGUCCCGAAAUAACCCAAGCGACCACAGUGGUGUGCAGUAAUAGCCCGGGUUUCUGUCUGAACCACAAGAGGAGGGAGGGGGCGGAGUCUUCUCCGUCAGGUGCUGCAUGAUGAACGGCAGCAGCAGUGUCUCCACGGCUCAGAGCGCCAGGAUCAAAAGCGAACCAGAUGACUGGACUAAGGAGGACUGUCUGACUCUGCUGGAGAGGAUCCGCAAUCUGCUGCCGGACGGAGACGCCAUGAAAUAUAAAACCACAGAGUCGCACUUCGACUGGGAGAAAGUUUGUUUCGGCAGCUUCACCGGAGACAUGUGUCGUCAGAAGUGGCAGAAAGUCUCAACUGAGGUUCGUAAAUACAGAACGAUGACAGAACUGAUCGUGGAUGCCAUUGAGUUCGUGAAGAACCCAUACAAAGGAAAGAAACUGAAGACUCACCCAGACUUCCCUAAGAAACCUCUGACUCCGUACUUCCGCUUCUUCAUGGAGAAACGAGCCAAAUAUGCCAAAAUCCACCCGGAGAUGAGCAACCUGGACCUGACCAAGAUCCUGUCCAAGAAAUACAAGGAGCUGCCCGAGAAGAAGAAGCAAAAAUACAUCACAGAGUUUCAACGAGAGAAAGAAGAAUUCGAGAAGAACAUGGCUCGAUUCAAGGAGGACCACCCGGAGCUGAUUGAGGAGAGGAAGAAGUCGGACCUGCCCGAGAAACCCAAGACCCCCCAACAGCUAUGGUACAACCACGAGAAGAAGACCUACAUGAAGCUGCACCCUGAGGUGAGUCAGAAGGAGCUGAAGGAGGCUCUGAGGAGACAGUGGUCCCAGCUGUCUGACAAGAGGAGACUCAAGUGGAUCAGCAAGGCCCUGGAGCUCCAGAAGGACUACGAGGACAGUAUGAGAGCAUAUCAUGAGGCUCAUCCAGAUGUGAACUCAGACGAUCAUGUUCGGUCUGUCCUCACCAAAGCAGAGCGGCAGCUGAAGGACAAGUUUGACGGACGGCCAACCAAACCGCCACCGAACGGUUACUCUCUGUACUGUGCCGAGCUGAUGGUCAACAUGAAGGAUGUCCCGAGCACUGAGCGCAUGGUGCUCUGCAGUAAACAGUGGAAGAUGAUGACGCAGAAGGAGAAGGACAUGUUUCAGAAACGCUGCGAGCAGAAAAAGAAGCAGUACGACAUUGACCUGCAGAGGUUCCUGGAGAGUCUCCCGGAGGAGGAGCGAGACCGAGUCCUGACUGAGGAAAAACUGGGCGGGUCCAGAUUGGGAGGGGGCGUGGCCGCUAGCCCACACAGAGCCAAGUCUCCUUCUGUCAAGGAGCGGUGUCGGGAGGCGGAGCCAGAGCCGUGGGUACCUGCUGGAACGCCAAAAGAAAGACGGGAUGGGAAGAAGACAGCAAAGCUUCCAGAGACGCCAAAAACAGCUGAGGAGAUGUGGCAGCACAGUGUGAUCGGAGACUACCUGGCUAAAUACAGAAGCGACCGCAGGAAGGCGCAGGCGGCAAUGGAGGCGGCCUGGAAGUCCAUGGAGAAGAAGGAGAAGAUUCCCUGGAUCAAGAAGGCGGCCGAGGACCAGAAGCGUUACGAGGUUCAGUACCAACCUGUGAGGGAGCUGUUGGAGAUGAGGGCUCCACCCGCAGCUCAGGGUCAGAGGAAACCCAAGUUUGAUGGAGAACCAAAGAAACCUCCAGUGAGCGGGUAUCAGAUGUUCUCGCAGGAGCUGCUGACCAAUGGCGAGCUGAACCACUUCAGCCUGAAGGAGCGGAUGGUGGAGAUCGGGAAGAGGUGGCACAAACUGAGCCAGAGUCAGAAAGACAAGUACAAGAAGCUGGUGGAGGAGCAGCAGGUGGAGUACAAGGCCGAGCUGGAGGCCUGGGUCAAGUCUCUGUCUCCUCAGGAUCGAGCCGUCUACAAAGAGUUCUCCUCCUCGAAACGUCGCAGCACCACUAAAGCUCGCAGCAGCCCCGGAGCUAAAGUCCGUGUGACGGCGAAGGGGAAGGCAGUAGGUUCGAGAGCCACAACACCGGGGGUCGGGGUGGGCAAGAGGGCCAUGGCGUACCGAGCCAAGCAGGAUAUGUCUGACACAGACGAGGAGGAAGAGAAGAGUGACUCCUCCGACUCUGAUGAAGAUGACGAGACGUCAGGAAGCACAGACAGCGACGAUGAUGAUGAUGAGAACGACGACGAGGAUGAUGAGGAUGAUGAAGAUCAAACGUCCUCUGAGGAAUCCAGUGACUCGGACUCGGACUAGCUCCACCCCUUCUUCCUCAUUGGAGAGGACAGGCUGUGCAGGCCACGCCUCCUCACGUGCCAAUCAUCCAGGCGGACCAAUGAGAAAUGGUGACAUCACACCGCUGUCAGGGGGCGGAGCCUGAUGGAGCAUUUUGUUACUUCUGUUUGUUUCUGUUUUUUAUUGAGUGUUUGUUGGUUUUUAUCUGACGGACGUUUUAGCCGGGCGGAGACGGGGUGAGUUUUUUUUUUUGUUUGUUUUUGUUGACGGUGGGCGGGGUUUGUACAGAGUUUGCAGGCAGAGGGGAGGGGCCUAUGGUUGUCAUUAGCUACCACUGAGGGAGGAGUCAGUGUUCAUCCUCCAAUCAGCCGCCUGCCUGACAAAAUUAUUAACAAAUAAAUGCACUUUUUCUCA